UCUUUUUUCUUAACCAGAAACCAUUUUGUACUCAGUACUCAUUUUCCAUCAACCAACGCCGGUUUCUCUUUCUGGGUUGACGUAUCUUUUGUUAAAGCACCUAACUUUGUUUCAUUUUUUGUGUGUGUCUGAGCUUGUCCCUAUUUUCAUAUUUUAAUGGGAAAGAGAGGGGAGGGGGGGUGUUGAUUGAAGUUGGCUCAGACGGGUUUUCGCUGGAAAUCAAAUUUUAAGAAUCUCUUGACAAUAAUUGGUGAAAAAUUGAGGGUGAAGUUUCAACAAGCCAGGGAGCUAAAUGGCCCAUACUUUCAACAAGUCAUAUUUAUGUACCUAUCAGGGGUGAUUGGAUUCUUUUGCUGUUGAAGUAGGAAGGACAAGAUACUAUUUCUGUAGAGGAAUCUUUGGUGGAGGCUUCGUUCUAAGUGUUUUCGAUAGUAGAGCCAAAUAGUUGGAUCCAAAUCACACACUCCCUUUACCUUUUUUGAAGCUUCUUUUCGACUAUUUUGACUUGGUACGUGACUUGAAGGCAUAAAAAGCACGGCUAGUGGAGUGAAGGGUCUCUUUGGGGGGUGUCUUAUCUUUUAAAUCUCUCAUCAAGCAGUAAGACGUGUGGCACUGUGGUGUGCUUUCACUGCUUUGAAUCUUGUUGAAUUUCAGAAAGCUUGAAAUGCAUAAUAUUUGCAUUUUGAACUGAGGAGUGUUUGCAACAACGUCUUGCUUUCUGAUCCACAAAAGGGUAUCUGAUUCUUCACAGAUUUGAUACUACUUCGGGAAGGUACUUGUAGGAUCACUGAUAAAAAAGAAACAAGAUUCUGUGAACGUUGGUGGAGGUUUAAUUUAACUGAUACAACAGGGGUUUGAAUUUGGUUAUAAGAGUUUGUCUCUUUUGUUGCCUGGUGGAACGUACAAGUAUGUUGGUGAUAAAUAAUAAUUGUGUUGGUGGGGCAGGCUAAUGAUAUGAUAUUGAACUUCUUGUGUUUCACUUUCUGCUAUAAUAGGAAUUAGAAAACUUCUAUGCUUAUGAUGGUUGUUAAGACCUGAUAGUUAAGUCUUUCGAGCAAGGUAGUUUUUGUGGCAUUAUUGUUGGUGCUGAUGAGUCAAGAGCAACAGAAGCGGGGGAAGCAAGAGAAAGGUUCUGAUGGUGCUGAGAAGGUCAUUGUUGCCGUUAAGGCAUCAAAGGAGAUUCCAAAGACUGCUCUUGUUUGGUCUCUCACUCAUGUUGUUCAACCUGGAGACUGCAUUACACUGCUAGUGGUUGUGCCUUCACAAAGUUCAGGCAGAAGAUUAUGGGGUUUUCCGAGAUUUGCUGGUGACUGUGCCAGUGGUAUUAAGAAGUGCCCUCCAGGAACAAUUUCAGAGCAGAAGAGUGAUAUCACUGAUUCUUGCUCUCAGAUGAUCCUUCAGCUCCAUGAUGUCUAUGAUCCAAAUAAGAUAAACGUCAGGAUUAAAAUUGUUUCUGGAUCACCUUGUGGAGCAGUGGCUGCAGAAGCCAAGAAAGCACAAGCCAAUUGGGUUGUAUUGGACAAGCAGCUCAAACAUGAAGAAAAGCGAUGCAUGGAAGAGCUGCAGUGUAACAUUGUGGUUAUGAAGCGGUCUCAACCAAAAGUGCUUCGUUUGAAUUUGAUUGGUCCACAAAAGAAAGACGUAGAAGAAGCAGGUUUAUCACCUUCUGAGCAAGAUGAUAUGCGAACCAAAAAGAAGAUUGAUUCUUUAAAUUCCAUAAAAGGACCAACAGUAACUCCAACAAGCAGCCCUGAGCUAGGGACACCCUUCACUGCAACUGAAGCUGGCGCUUCAUCGGUUUCAAGCUCUGAUCCAGGAACCUCACCAUUCUUUAUCUUAGAGAUGAAUGGUGAGUCCAAGAAAGAGGAAACUAUCAAGGAAAGUCAAGAACUUGGUUCUGACUCUGAAAGUGAAAGUCUGUCCACCUCAUCUGCAAGCUUGAGAUACCAGCCAUGGAUCACAGAAUUGCUUUUACAUCAACAGCCAUCGCAACACAAUGAAGAAAGAUCAGAGAUAUCUCAUGGUAUGCCUCAAGCAUCUUCAACAAGAGCUUUCCUGGAAAAGUAUUCUAGGCUUGAUAGAGGAGCUGGAUUUGAAAUCUCAGCCUAUAGAAAUGACUUGGAUUUCAGUGGAAAUUUAAGAGAAGCAAUAGCAUUAUCUGGAAAUGCCCCAGCUGGCCCCCCUCCAUUGUGUUCAAUAUGUCAGCACAAAGCACCUGUUUUUGGAAAACCUCCUAGGUGGUUCAGCUAUGCGGAGUUAGAACUUGCUACUGGUGGGUUUUCACAAGCCAACUUCUUGGCAGAAGGAGGAUUUGGAUCAGUUCACAGAGGGGUUCUACCUGAAGGACAAGUCAUUGCUGUCAAGCAACACAAAUUGGCUAGUUCUCAAGGUGAUCUUGAAUUUUGCUCAGAGGUGGAAGUCCUGAGCUGUGCUCAGCACAGAAAUGUUGUUAUGCUCAUUGGGUUCUGUAUAGAGGAUAAGAGAAGGCUACUAGUUUAUGAGUACAUAUGCAAUGGAUCAUUGGAUUCACAUUUAUAUGGGCGACAAAGGGAUCCAUUAGAAUGGUCUGCACGGCAAAAAAUUGCUGUUGGUGCUGCUCGUGGGUUACGAUAUCUUCAUGAAGAGUGCAGAGUGGGUUGUAUUAUCCACCGUGACAUGAGGCCAAACAACAUUCUCAUAACUCAUGAUUUUGAACCUCUGGUUGGUGAUUUUGGACUGGCAAGGUGGCAACCUGAUGGAGACACGGGUGUGGAAACCAGAGUAAUUGGAACAUUUGGGUAUUUGGCUCCUGAAUAUGCUCAAAGUGGCCAAAUCACUGAAAAAGCUGAUGUUUAUUCCUUUGGGGUGGUAUUGGUGGAGCUUGUUACAGGGAGGAAAGCUGUGGAUCUCACCCGGCCUAAGGGACAACAGUGCCUUACUGAAUGGGCACGACCACUGUUGGAAGAAUAUGCCAUCGAGGAAUUGAUUGAUCCGAGGCUUGGUAACCACUAUUUAGAACAGGAGGUCUAUUGCAUGCUGCAUGCUGCAUCAUUAUGCAUACGGCGAGAUCCUCAUUCUAGACCACGCAUGUCACAGGUUCUCCGAAUACUGGAGGGUGACAUGGUGAUGGACACAAAUUACAUUUCAACUCCAGGUUAUGAUGUGGGAAACCGAAGUGGUCGAAUCUGGUCAGAGCCAUUGCAAAGGCAACACCACUAUAGUGGUCCCUUGUUAGAAGAGUCUCUGGAGUCAUUCAGUGGGAAGCUAUCCCUUGAAAAGCACAAGCCUUCCUAUUGGGAUAGGGACAAGCCUAAGAGGGCUUCAUGUGAAGAUGACGUUUGAAGUGGUUGAUGAUGAAAAUUGCAAUUCUUGUUAUGCUAAAUAUGUUUGUUGCUCGCCUAUUUUCUUUGUUGUUUUUUCAUUCCUUUUUUUUUUCUGCAAUGGGAUCUAAUUUUGCAUUGUAUAGCAGAGUGAAAGUAGGAUAGGUAAAUAUAGAAGCUUUUGAAAAAUUUUCAGGAAAUCAUGUAAACUAGUGCCUAAUUGACCUUUGACAGACUUGAGUGCUGUCUAUGGUCUUCAAAUGGAUGAAAUAGCUUCUUGUAAGGUGGUGAAUGGUUCAACUCUCUCUUGUUCCAAGGUUGUAUGUGCAUGACAUGCAUGCAUUGAAAAAGCAAACAAACAUGGGUUGAGGUUGUCAUGUGAACUGGUAAACAGUACAAUGAUUGCACCAAAUCAGUUAACUUCAAGCCUUAAUGAAGGGUAAAAUGGGAGUCGUAACUUUUUUUCCGUUUUAGUAUUUUUAUCUUGUGAAGCAUGCUACUUGGUUGGUUGAUUAUGACAAUGUAAUUUUUCUUGAAUUCUUGACUUUUGUAACAUAUAAAACAAAAUUUAUUGGUUGGCUGAUGGUGACAAGGCUGUGUGAGGUUCAGACAUAAUACGAU